AUGCCACAGUAUAAAGUGAUCACCGAGACAAUAGACAAGCCCGAUCUUGACGAUCGCCACUACCGCGUGGUUGAGCUGUCAAACUCACUGCGGGCUCUUCUGAUUCAUGAUCCUACUACAGAUAAGGCUGCUGCUUCUCUGGAUGUGAAUGUGGGUGCUUUCCAUGAUCCUCAUAACUUGCCUGGUCUGGCCCAUUUCUGUGAGCACCUUUUGUUCAUGGGAACCGAGAAGUAUCCUCUGGAAAACGAGUAUUCGUCGUUCCUAUCAAAGAACUCCGGUUAUUCCAACGCAUAUACUUCUUCGCAAGAUACAAACUACUACUUUGAAGUCGGUUACGAACAUCUGGAUGGAGCCUUGGAUCGGUUUGCUCAGUUCUUCAUCUCUCCCUUGUUUGACAAGUCCUGCAAAGAUCGUGAGAUAAAAGCGGUUGAUUCAGAGAACAAAAAGAAUCUUCAAAAUGACAAUUGGAGGUUCCACCAGCUGGAGAAAUCGUUGACCUCCACGAAGCACCCCUAUAAUGGAUUCUCCACAGGUAACUAUCAGACGCUGGGCGAGAUUCCUGAAAAGAACGGCCUCGAUGUGAGAGAGGAACUCAUAUCGUGGUACAACAGUCAUUAUUCUGCAAAUUUGAUGAGACUUGUGGUUUUGGGAAGAGAAGAUCUGGAUACUUUGACUGAGUGGACGGUGAAGAGGUUUUCCGACGUGAAAAACACAGAUAAGCCCAGACCGUACUUUCCGGACCCGCCAAUCACUUCAGAACAACUUUUGAAGUUGGUGAAGGCAAAGCCCGUUAUGGAAACGAGGUCUUUGGAGCUCACGUUUACCGUUCCAGAUGUCUCUAACAAAUGGGAGUACGGGCCAGCAAGAUACGCGUCACAUUUGAUUGGACAUGAAGGUAAAGGUUCUCUCCUUUACCAUUUCAAGACCAAGGGAUGGGCCAAUGGGCUCAGCGCCGGUGCUAUGAGGAUCUCAAAGGGGUACUCAGUUUUUGUGAUAGAAAUUGAACUUACCCCAGAAGGAUUCAAGAACUAUGAGACCGCCAUUUUUGACUGCUUUGAUUACAUCAAGCUUUUGACUACUGAGCCUCCACAAGAGUGGAUCUUCGAAGAGAUGAAGCAAACUUCUAGUUUCAGGUUCAAGUUUCAGCAGAAAGGAGGAGCUGCUAACACUGUCUCGAAGCUUUCAGCAGCCAUGCAAAAGGAUGUCGAUGUCCCUUAUAAAAACCUGCUUAGUUCGGGCAUCACGAGGAAGUGGGACGCAGAUCUGAUCAAAGACUACCUAUCUCAUUUCAACGCCUCCAACUUUAAAGUGUCACUCAUUUCAAAGGAGUUUGGUUCAGAAGAAUUGCCUUUACGUGAGAAAUGGUACGGCACUGAGUACAAUAUCGAGCCAAUUUCCCCGGAGAUUCUGUCAAAGAUUGCUGCUAUUGGGAAACCAUCUGGUAGAUUCCAGCUUCUUACUCCAAACGAGUUUAUUCCUACCAAGUUCGACAUUGUUGGAACCAAGUCCACUAGUCCGGCUAAAGAGCCUUACCUUAUCCAAAGUGAUACCUUUUCCAAAACUUGGUUCAAACAGGAUGACCAGUUCUUAGUGCCUAAGUCGCAUAUUUUUGUGAAGUUCAAUCUUCCUGUCGCUACUCUUACGCCCUUUAAUUCAGCCAUGUCUUCUCUCUUCUUAGACCUAUUAGAGGACGAACUGAACGAAAUGUCGUAUGAGGCUGAUAUCGUUGGUCUCUCCAAGUCUUUCAAUGUUGCCAGAGAUGGCAUCUCUUUGGAGAUCUCGGGUUAUAACGACAAGAUGGAAGUCUUGCUUCAUAAGCUGAUAGACGCAUUUGUUAGCUUCAAGCCGACGGAAGAGAGGUUCAACAUUCUGAAGGAGAGGUCCAAGAGGCUGAUGAAGAACUUUGGAUUUUCAACUCCAUACUCCCAGAUUGGACAACAUACCUCAUCUUUGAUUAACGAAAGGGCGUGGUCCGUGGAUGAGCAGCUUUCGUUUUACGAGUCCGAUCUGUUCACCUACCAGAGACUGACAAACUUUGUUUCCACUUUGUUCGACCAAUGUUUCAAUGAAAUUUUGAUCGUGGGGAACUACUCCUUACCAAAAGCCAAGGAACUGGCUGCUCUCAUCAACUCCAAGAUCAAAGCGAUAUCAGCACCUCUUGCUCAAUCGCAAUACACCCGCGGGCGCUCACUGAAGCUCCCAGUGGGUCAGACCUUCCGCUUUGAAAAGAUACUGGACGAUCCAGCAAAUAUCAACUCUUGCAUAGAAUAUUUCAUCCAGCUGGGCGAAAUUGCCUCUGAAAGACGGGCCAAGGUUUUAGUCGAUCUUCUGGCCCAGGUAGCACACGAGCCAUGCUUCAAUAGGCUCAGAACCAAAGAGCAAUUGGGUUACGUUGUUUUCAGCGGUGUCAGGGAAGCUAGAACUACCUUCGGUUUCAGAAUCUUGAUCCAAUCGGAGAGGCCUUCUCCAUAUGUGGAGUCCAGGAUCGAUGCUUUCUUGCAGAGUUUGGUGGAUUACAUUGAAAGGAUGGACGAGGCCGAAUAUGUGAAGCACGUUAACGGACUUGUUUCCAAGAAAACUCAAAAGCUCAAAAACUUGAAGGAGGAAUUCUCGAGAUUCUGGAACUCCAUAGCAACUGGAUUCUACGAUUUCGACAAACGUGCUGCUGAUGUCGAAAUCUUGAAAACGAUCACGAAAGCUGAGCUCUUGGAGUUCUACAAAACAAAGGUGUUGCAAAACAACGGGAAAUUGGUGGUCCAUCUGAAUGCUCAGACUACCAGUGCUCUUUCGUGGACCAAGAUAGCUCAAUCUUCGAUUAUGAACUAUAUCGCUUUGAAAGAAGACGAUCUGCCCAAGGAUUUCACUCUAGGUCCCGAAUUGGACAAGUUGAUUACUUUGGUAGAAGACAAGUCUAUAGACGAUUUGCUCUCAUUACAUGAGUUCAGCGAGUUAUUCCCAAAAUCUGUGUCCCCCCAAUUCUUCUCAGGCCUCACUGAGUACAUCAAAUCAAACAUUGCCAACCCUAUCCCCAAGUCUUAUCCUAAGGGUGAGUUGAUCACCGAUUUAGGUGACUUCAAGUCUAAGAUUCCAUUGACCUCUGCUGCAUAUCCUCUUAGAAACCUGUCUGAUUUUGAGCUGAAGCCUGAGAUUGAGGCGAAACUUUAG